AACAGAGCCUCAUUCGCCGAUGCUGGAUCACCCACAGGUGUUACAUUUGGAAUACAACAACAAAAAUGGGGGCAGAGCAGAGCACCCUGGCACAGAAUGGCUAUGUCCUACAAAAAGAAACAGAAAGUGGUUCUGUUUACACAAAGGGAGAUGACACAUUUCUCAUUAAAAAGAUCAUUUUAGAUCAGACUACCGGAAAGGCUGAUCCAGCAUUAACUUCAGAGAUAGAAAUCCUCAAGACAACAAGCCAUCCUCACAUUGUGAACAGCAAAAACUCUUUCAAAGAUAAAGAUGAGAAGACUAACUAUGUUGUGAUGGACUACUGUCAGGGAGGGAGCCUUGCUGCAAAGAUCACAGAGAUGAGUGACUCUCCGAAGGAGUUUGAGGUACUGAGCUGGAUUGUUGAGAUCUGUAUGGCUUUGAGAAUCAUUCAUGAAAAAGGCUUGCUUCACAAACAUCUGACACCAGAGAACAUACUCCUCACAGAAUUUGGUAUAGUGUGCCUGGACGGAUUUGGAAAAAUCCAUGAAAAUUCAAAAAACCCUGCAGCAAAUCCAAUGGAAAAAAUAAAUUAUCUGCCACCGGAAGUCUUCGUAAAUGGGACCUAUGAUGCUAAAAGUGACAUUUGGUCAGUGGGUUGCAUACUCUAUGAGCUCUGUACUCGACAAUUGGCAUUCUCAGCAGAGACUACGAUCAAGAUGAUGCCCAAGAUAAUUAAUGGUCCUUACCCAUCUCUCACAGAGCCAUUUUCACCAGAGCUUUGUGAACUAUUGAAUGAUAUAUUAAAUAAAGACCCUCAAUCAAGACCAACAGCCAGUGAGAUCCUGGAGCGUCCUUUUAUUGUAAACUGUCUCUCAGAAAAGUGCAAAACAACUGUGAAGGAACUCCAGACCAAGCUGGACAAGCUAAGGGAAGUGGCUGACGGUUUGGAACGUGUGCAUGAAGGCACCACCAUCGGCAGUCUGGCAGGUGGAGUGAUUGGAGCGGUGGGAGGGAUUACAUCCAUAGUGGGCCUUGUACUGGCUCCCUUCACUUUGGGAGCCUCUCUUAUUGUCACUGGGGUUGGAGUAGGAGUGAGUGUGGCUGGUGGGGUCACUGCUGGUGCCUCGAAUAUCACUAAUAUGGUCAACCAGUCUUCUGAUCGCAAAGCUGUUCGAAGCAUCAUAAAAGAGCUUGAACAGAAAGUUAUUGCAGUUACCACCUGGCUCCAGGAGAUUGGAUGUGAAUCAGUUGACAUAACUGACAAUGAGAAUAGUGAGUUAAAUGAAGACAACGUGUUACGGCUUGGCUGCAGGGCAGCGAAGUGCCUGGGUGGCAUUUCUGAAGCGGUGCGACUAGGUAGAGUGCUGACCAUUGGCAAAACUGUAGCACAAACAUCCAGGGUAGUACGCGUGGCAGAGGUAGCAACAGGUGUGUUCUCUGGCUUAUUUGUGGCAGUGGAUGGUUUCUUUAUUGCCAUGGAUGCAAAAGAGUUACACCACAUCAGACAGGCAAAGGCAAUAGAGGAAAAAGGUAGAGAUGUGUCUGACAAGUCUGACAAAUCAGAGGCACAGAACCAGCCUUCCCAAAAUACCACUCCAAUCAGAUCUGAGAUCAUGAAAUUUGUUCAUUCAAUCAGGCAGGCAGCUGACCAGUUGCAGAAAAUCUUGGAUGAGCUGAAAAGCAGCAUCAAUGUAACCCAAGGGUUACAUUAAACAAACUCAAAAGCACAUUAAAGGUGCUCUAAGCGAUGCUGAAAUUACUAUUCAAAUAUGAUUUUAUUUAUAAAUAAGUUGGCUAACGUUAUCUAAUCUCCCUCUUCUCAUGUCACAUCUGAUGAACAAUAAGUUACAGGAGUGAGAAACACAAGGCAUUGUGAGCUACCGUUACGUACCGAGUAUUGUGAGCAGUGAUGCCGGUAACAUCGCUUAGAGCACCUUUAAGUUAAAGUGUCGGUACACUCAGUAGAAAACUCUGAUUGCGUUGACACCUAACUGUUUGCUCCGUGCUAUGCCCCCACCUGAUACAAUAUAUCAGUUGCCAUUAUAUUGUUGUGCAACGCUACAUCACACUUGGAUUUUAAAAGUCAGACUACACCUGACCACAAUUAAAUCUCAUGGUUGUUAAGGUCAGAAAUGUAACAAGGGGCAUUUUUACCCAGAGAAGUCACUUAAGCAAUAAUGAUUGUCUCUAAGAAGUGUAAAGUUGCUUUUAGGGAUGCACCGAAAUGAAAAUUCUUGGCCGAAACCGAAAACCGAAAAAGAGGAAACCAAGACCGAAAACCGAAACACCGAAAGA